UACCAAUGCGCUGGGCUUUAGGGUUUCGUUUGCCUAGCACAACGUGUAUUUCCGACCAACACUUGAAGGUAAAAUAAGUAAAUAAACCAAAUAAGACAAACAAUAAACUUUUACCAAUGCAAGUUUAAGAGGUUUGACAGUUUAGGUACAAUGGGUCGGCGCAAGUCAAAAAGAAAGCCUCCUCCUAAGAAAAAGAUGACAGGGGACCUGGAAUCUCAGUUCACCUGUCCUUUCUGCAACCACGAGAAGUCAUGUGAUGUUAAAAUGGAGAGAAGCAGGAAUACUGGGAUAAUAUCAUGUUCUGUGUGUUUGGAAGAGUUCCAGACUCCCAUCACUUAUCUGUCAGAGCCCGUGGACGUGUACAGCGACUGGAUAGACGCCUGCGAGGCAGCCAAUCAGUAGUCCCCAUCAAGCUGGAGGCACGGCGUGAACGUGGAGCGGACGGACAUGUGGCUGAAGGGGGUGCGCCCACUUGGAUCAAGCGGGCCAGAAUAUAACUGAGACUUUCAAUAAUGUUAUUGAAGGAUUUCUACUGUCUUCAUUGACAUGCUCAGAAAUAGUUUUCUCCUUCCUAAGAAAGAAAGGUUUGGGUUAGGAUGUAUUCCAUAAUUGUUUCCUUUAUCGGGUUGCCUGUUUUGUCUUGAAACACCAAUCAUGUUUUUGUUUUUCUUAGAAAACUUAGAUUCAAUCUUUUAAAUUGUGGUUUUUAGCUUUCAAACAGUUGUCCAUAUUAGGUUGUGUUAAAAUUAAAUAGACAUGGACAAACAGGCUUUUAUUCUGGAUUCUGUGGCCAAAUUUAUAUCACUGUUAUGACAAAAAGUGAGUCUCAUUGAUUGUUGAUUACGUGUGAUGCACAAACUGGAUUUUUCUUUCCCCUUAUUCUUUUACAGUUUCAUUUAAAAGUGUUGUGUGCACCAAAACUUCAUGAAAGAAUCAGAUUUUAAGCAAACACUUGUCAGACAAGUUCAGGAUUUACAACUUUUUAUUUUUUGGUCUUAUACAGAUGAGCAAUAAAGAACUAACAAAAGCAAUAUAACAUCUCCAAACAUGAUUAUGCAAAACUAUGACACAGAUCAAAGAAUACAUAAAAUAUGAGUAUUUUUAAUGAAUUAUUAUACAAACAUGAGAUUUUUUUCUAAACAGUUCAGCAGUAUUUUGGGUAUUCGACCAUCUUGUUUCUAUAUUUCCCUUGCUAAAUGGUGUUUGUCCUCCUUGGUUUUAAUGAUGUUACAUUUUGUGCACAUUUAGACUCCAUCUGCGUAUUUUGUGUCAAGUCAGAAAGGAGCUUCUCAGGGUGGAUGUUGAUGCAUUUUAGGUCACCAAUAAAGCUGGAUUAAGUCAUACUGCAA